AUGGAAGUGGAAGAAGACAACAGAAUAGGAAGGACAAGAGACCUCUUCCAGAAAAUCAGAAACAUUAGAGGCAAAUUUCAGGCAAAAAUGGGCAUGAUCAAAAACAAAGAUGGCAGGGACCUAACAGAAGCUGAAGAGAUCAAGAAAAGGUGGCGAGAAUAUACAGAAGAUCUGUAUAGGAAGGAUAAUAAUAUAGAGGAUAGCUUUGACAGUGUGGUGAGUGAAUUAGAACCAGACAUCCUGAGGAGUGAGGUUGAAUGGGCCUUAAGAAGCAUUGCUAACAACAAGGCAGCAGGAGACGAUGGGAUCCCAGCUGAGCUGUUUAAAAUCUUGGAAGGUGAUGCUGUCAAGAUAAUGCAUGCCAUAUGCCAGCAAAUAUGGAAAACACAAGAUUGGCCAUCAGAUUGGGGAAAAAAAUCAAUUUAUAUCCCCAUACCAAAAAAGAGAAAUGCAAAAGAAUGCUCAAACUUCCGUACAGUGGCACUUAUUUCCCAUGCCAGUAAGGUAAUGUUCAAGAUCCUGCAAGGAAGACUCCAGCAAUACAUGGAGCAAGAGUUGCCAGAUGUACAAGCUGGGUUCAGAAAAAGCAGAGGAAGGAGAGACCAAAUUGCCAAUAUCCACUGGAUAAUGGAGGAAGCCAGGGAGUUUCAGAAAAACAUCUACUUCUGCUUUAUUGACUAUUCUAAAGCCUUCGACUGUGUGGAUCAUAAUAAACUAUGGCAUGUU